AUGUCUUGGUUCCAGUCGAAGAUAGCCAAAUCACACUUCUAUGUGUGGUAUCUCGGCUCAAAAGAAGCCGAUGGUGUACGCGGAUCAUCGGUGGUAUUGCCAAUAAUGCGCCAACUUCUGAAAGAUACCUUCAAGAAGACACCCAACAAAGCGACCGUGCAGAUCUCAUCAAAGGGCCUGAAACUAAUACAAACUGUUCCCGCAAUGUCACGAAAGGGAAAGGUGAAAAUGCAAAUGGUGAAGUUUCAUAUUGCUGCCAGCUGCAUUACGUACAGGUACAUUACUGAUCGCGCGGCCGGAAGUUCAACGUUCCAUAAAGGAUUUGGAGCAGCGUCUUUUUCUUGCUGGACUGCUAAUGCCCAGAGAUCUGCGAGGAGGAAAUCAUCUACAGGCGCAUCGAUUCUCACGUCUGGAGUUAUCCAACCCGUUUGGCUCGAUGCAGGCGGAACACUCGAAAGGCUGACGGACUUUGGAAGCCGUCGAUUCGACGAGUGUCCAGCAUACGCAUGA